AUGGGAUCAACAGCAGCUAAUGCUCAUCAUAACAAACAUUCUAUACCUAUUGAUAUUCUUGAUGAUUUAUGCAGCCGCUUCAUAAUAAACCUGCCACCAGAGGACAGGGGGAAUUUAGUCAGGAUAUGUUUUCAAAUAGAACUAGCCCAUUGGUUUUAUUUAGACUAUUAUUGCACAGAUGAAUCUAACAGGCUUAACCCAUGUGGUAUAAGAGAAUUUGCUGCACAUAUUUUUCAGCAUGUCCCACAACUGAGAGAGCAUGUCAGUAGCCUGGACGCAGUGCUUGACAACUGGCGCGAGUACAAACAAACUGUGCCGACAUACGGCGCUAUUCUCUUAGACACGGAUCUCACGCAUGUGCUGCUUGUACAAUCAUAUUGGACUAAGGCCUCGUGGGGUUUCCCUAAGGGCAAGGUUAAUGAAGACGAGGAACCUUGGAAGUGUGCUGCUCGGGAGGUCUUAGAAGAAACGGGCUUCGACAUAAGUAAACUAAUAAACAAGAAUGAUUACAUAGAAGCCAUGAUACAUGAUCAAAUUGUGCGCUUGUAUAUAAUAGGCUACAUACCCCGCGAUACAAAGUUCCAGCCGCGCACCAGAAACGAGAUCAAGGCCUGCGAAUGGUUCCCUUUGGCUGACCUGCCGUCGAACAGAAAGGAUAUGACGCCGAAGGUUAAAAUGGGUGUCAGUCCCAACGCUUUCUUCAUGGUUCUACCCUUCGUGAAGCGCAUGCGACGUUGGGUGGCGGAACGGAAUCCUAAAGUAUACAAUAGUGCUAAAAGAACAAGACACAAGUCCAUGGGCGAUUUAGAGUUUACAACGAUCAAAAACAAACAAAAGAUUUCGCAGGGUCUUCAAAACGAGAUCCAGGAUUACCAGAAUGAACACAAGGUGAAAAACGGCAGCAACUCGGUCCACGCAAGUGGCACUAAAGCUAAUAACCCCAACGGAAAUAGAAAGGAUAGAAAACAAGCGAAACGACAGCUGUUCACACCCCAAAACACUCACACGAAUAACUUUUCGCCCGUUCAGAAAGACCCGCCAAACGAUGAAAGCACGGACGAUAAUUGCUUUUUCAACUUCGUGGCGCCAUCUUGGGCUAAUUUCAAAUUUGAUAGGCGCGCCAUUUUGGAAUGUCUCACUUGA